CCAUGAUGUCACUGGCCUCCUCCAAUCACAUGGAUUAUCUCCUUUCGACGACACUACGACACCCUCACCACGGAAUCCCUUCUUUUGCCCAAGAGUUGAUAAGAUUCCGUACAAGUAAUCACGAUGCCGAGGCUGCCCGGACGCGUCUGCGAUCCGUUGCUGUUUUCCAAAUGCUACACAGCCUCCUUGAGAAUGGGUUAUCCCAUCGCCAGCAGCAGCAGCCUCUUAUUUAGCACCACCAAACCCUCCAAAUACCCCCCUUUCUCUCCCCGCGGCACCUUCAAAACCCCUCCACCUUCAAAUACCAACAAAACGGCUUCGACAAAGCCCAUCAUCGCAACCGUCAUCUUCACCCUCGCCGCCGCCUCCGUAGGAGCCGUAGUCUACUUCCGCCCGGGAAUCGGACGAAAAGACAUAGAAGCCGCCAACAUGUCCAACAAACUGGUCCCAGCGAACCCGGACGAGGUGAUGGUGAUUCGGGACGUCACUCCCAACGUCGUCACUUUUUCUGUUCCGUUCCUGCGCUUUGGAAAGAUCCCGAUUGGUGGGAGGGGGACUUUGGUCAAACUCUCCAACAACACCCUAGCAAUCUUCUCCCCCGUCUCGCUCACGCCCUCCGCCCUCUCCCGCGUCUCCUCCCUCGGCUCCGGCCAGGUGAGCUACAUCAUCGCCCCCGACAUCGAGCACCACAUCUUCGUAUCCGAAUGGGCGCGGGCCUUUCCCUCCGCGAAAAUCAUCGGACCGGAGGGUCUUCCCGAGAAACGGAGCAAAAUAACCGACGACGAACGUAUCGGUCACGAACCCUUUUCCGUCGUCUUCACCAAGGAAAAUAAACAGACCAUAAAAAUCGACGAGGACUUUGAUAAAGACUUUGACUACGAAUACGUCCACUCGCACCCCAACAAGGAACUGGUCUUUUUCUACAAGCCGGAUAAGGUUUUGAUCGAGGCCGAUCUCAUGUUUAACCUGCCUGCGAUUGAGCAAUACUCUAAAGUGCCAGAGGCGGAAAAACCGCACGGGAGUUUGUUGGGCAGGAUUUUCCAGGGGAUGAAUAACACCGAGGGAGAGGCCAAGGGGAUCAAGAGGUUUUUGUGGUAUGCGAUUAGUCGGGGGGAUCGGGCGGGGUUUAAUGAGAGUGUACGGAGGAUUCAUGAGUGGGGGUUUGAGACGAUUGUGCCGUGUCAUGGGGAGACGAUUGUCGGGAACGGGAAGGAGGUUUUUGAGAAGGUUUUUGAGUGGCACUUGGUUGGGCAUAAAUGAGUAGACGAACGGGAGGAUGGAUGGAUACCCAGGUAGGUUGGUGAUGGGAGUUGGUAAGGGGGUGUUUCUUUUUGUGUUUAUCAAUGUCUCGGUCUAUGGACGGUAUGGUCAGGGUUUGUCUCUAUGCCUUAUG